AUGCGAUGCUGCAUGCGCAAGUGUGAAAUCGGAGACACUAUCAAUAGAGGCAUUUGCUUUCACAAGAUCUUGCAGACUGCCACACGAUGUGAGCUGUAAAAUAUUGCUAAGCCUAUCUCUAAAGACAACGUUUAUAGAUUUAAAAAAAUUUAAAUCCUUUAGAGAGAGAAUCGAAGGCAUGGAAUCUCCUAAAGAAGCCAAAAUUGAUCCCAACUUGGGAACGCGGAUUUGUAUCAAUGAAGACUCGGGGGAACAUUAUAGUUGUCACGGCGAAGAAAACUUAGCAAUUUCCAUUGAAGGGAUGGACAAAGAUUAUCAAAAGAAUAUCACCAGUACAGAAAAGUGUUCUGGAGAUAAUUUGGAUGAAGGAAAUUCCAUAGAAGUUCUACCAAAUCCAGAAGGUAAACUCGACUCACAGUUACCGGAUAUGGAAAUUAUGCUAUUGAGUAACAACAGAUUUCAAGGUCAACUUACAUGUCAUCUCCCGUGGCGUGUUAUUCAAAGUGGGGCUCUUCUAAAGUUUGUAGCAAUAGCUUUUGGCUUGUGGCAUCCCUUGGGAUGGUGGUCUAUCCCUUCUAUCGUUAUCACUCUUCCCCUGUGCUUGUCGGUUUGUGUUGGGGAAGCCCUGAUAGUCUAUCGCUGUCGCCUGGACUCCCCAUACAUAAACGACACCUUUUGCAAUCUCGUCGCCGAGGACUCGGACGUUCCUCGGAAGCAGUUCGACUUUAAUCAGUUUAUUCGGUUUGCGAUCGCUACGUCUCAAGUGUUUUGUUAUUUGAUGAUGUCUUACUGCGUACGGCGGCUAACUGUGAAUAAGAAACGCCAAAUCCUACAGCCCCCUUCAGCGUUAGAAUUAGUGAAAAAGUCCAGUUGGGGAGCAAUGAAUCUUAUUCUACUUGGCUUUCUAUUUCUUCCCUGCACGGCGCUGCUAUUGCAAAAGUGUUGUCCCACCGGCGAAUGCUUCCCAUGUCGCCCUGCGGUCAUCAUCUGGUACCUUCUACUAUCGCUCGUCCUGUGGUUGACAGUCGUGAGCUGUCUGGUCUUCUCAACAGAAGUCCAAGGCCUUGUUGCACUUGCAAAACAAUGCAAUGAGCGAAUUUUGACAAUAGAAGCAGACUCCAUCAAUUGCUACAUUGCUAUCCACCAAGAUUUAUGCUGUUCUAUUUCUGAUACCAUUUCUGCGUACAGAAAAUGGCUAGCGGUUAAUACAGCGUCGCAUUUUUGGCUCAUAUGUUACUUUGCCAUAGUCUUACUUACUUCAUUCAAUGACUUUGUAGCGUGGACGGGCAACUAUUUUAUUUGCGUUCUUCUGGCAUAUUCCCUUUUUGUCGCUAUCCAUCCGUGGGUUAUAACGGCAAAGCUCUCCCAGGAGUUCAACAGCCUCGUGCGCAAGCUUAAUACCACAACGAAAUGGUCACCAAGGCAUAUUUUUAAUAACAGAUCAACGUUGAAUGACUUUGUCCAGUACGCUUUGAAUACUCAAUGCCAGUUUUCGCAGAUAUCCUGUAGCACGGCGUUGCCUUAUCUUUCCAUUUUCCUGGCUCUUUGUGGCUUAGGACUCAGGCUUAUAACAUAAUGGACUCUUCAGACUAAAGGUUUGUUCUGACAAAGAUAAAGGCUAAAGCAUGGGUAGAUACCGGGGUGGCCUGGGCACCGCCUCCGCCCUCUAUUUUCAGAUAUUCGGCUUGAAAAUAAGAGAGAAAUAUAAGGAAAUCCACGGAAGUA